GGGCACGAGUCGCCCACCUUGUAUUGGGGGCUGCACAACUCCGCCUCAACCCCGUCAUUCAGAUCUCCAUCGGCCCCAUUUUCCUUCAACAAAUAACAGCAACCAAAAAAGCUCACCCUCCCCUCCAAAUCCAAGAAGCUCUAAUCAUGUUUCUCCGCAUUAUUCUCCCGGUUCUCCUCACGGUGUGGCCCGCAGUGCGGGCGGAGCAAAUAUUCAACAAUCGAGGGACGUUAACUGGCUGGGGUGGCACCCAAACCGAGCACAAGGGCGAAAUUAAAGAAGUCACCGAUGUCUUCUUCGACGAGCCGCCAGCACUCGUCAUGACGCAGACCUUUGACGAAUCUUACACGGGCCGUUACCACUCCGAGGUCCGCGUUUUGAACGCCUACAAACACGGCGACACACGGUUUUACGGCUUUGCCUUCCGGCUCCCCCCCGAUUGGCAGUUUGAUCCCGCGCAGAGCUACGACCUGGCACAGUUCAUCGCGCCUUUUGACGAAUGUGAUUCGUUCAUGCCUACCACGAUGUUUUGGGCCGAGGGAACGAAAUUGUUCACCCGCCUGAAGUCAGGGAGUGUCUGCGACCAAAAGACCAAGGAACUCCCCCUCGAUGUGACCCUCACUGCCGGCGAAUGGCACAAGGUGAUGAUUGAGGCCCGUUGGGAGAGCGAAGCUACGGGGUUCCUGCGUUUGUGGUUUGACGACAAGCAGGUUCUGGAAGAGCAAAACGUUGCCACGACCGUAUCUGAAGACGUUCCGUUCCAGUUCCGUGUUGGUCUGUACGCAAAUGGAUGGCACGAUGACAAGGGUAUGAAGGGGACUCAGGGGUUCCGGCAGGUGUUCUACGAUAAGGUUGCCAUCGCGACGACCAAAGAGGAGGCGGACCCAGAUCUAUGGUGAAGCACGAGAUGUCCAAUCUAGGGAGGUGUACAAAUGAACGAGGAGCGGGACGGCGUGGGCUCAGGAAGUCUGUAUACGCGCUAUUUGAAAUAUACAAAUGGAGCAACAGCUGCGCUGUUGC